UGACCUUUAACAAAAUUAGAUUUCAUUCACCGAUCCUUUUCUACAUUGAUGCAAAAUAUAAAUGUGUACAAUUGGCAACAAGUAAUACAAUAUGGAUUGAUAAUUUUAUAUAAAGUGAAAAUAAUUGUUUUGUUCAGUAAUCUUUAAACGAAUAGUCUAGUAAUUUAUCAACGCCCACAUAAAUCGAUUCUCAUCGAGGGUCGUUGACGACUAGUUGAGAACCUGUGCUAUAAUUCAUAACAGCAUUUGACAUAAAUCUUGUUAGAGUCCUACAAGGCAUAAUUGUUUCUCAAUUUUGGUUUAAAGUUUAGAUAUCGAUACAUAUACGUUAUGGGUUGUGAUGGCGGGACUAUUCCUCGUAGAGAUGAGCUUGUUAGAGUUAAAAAGAAACCAGAACAGAAAGAUAAGGAGGCAGAGCUAGCAUUUAAAUGGAGACAUUGCACAAUAAAACAAUUACCACUACAGCCACCAGUAGUUGGUUGCGCUUUGGGUCGUCUGUAUAGCAAAGAAUCUGUACUGGAAGGUCUUCUUGAUCGAAGUACGCUCCCGGAAUCAGCACAACAUAUCAAGAGCUUGAAAGAUGUAAAAAAUCUAAAUUUAACAACAAACCCAGCAUUUGACGGUAAUAAAGCAGAAAAAGGAGACUGUUAUGCAGAUGGAGGCAAAAGCCCAUACAUUUGCCCGAUUAUUGGAUUAGAGAUGAAUGGCAAAUAUAAAUUUUGCUUUUUGUGGUCAUGUGGUUGUGUGAUGAGCGAACGUGCGCUUAAAGUAAUAAAAAGUACAAUGUGUCAUCAAUGUCAACAAUCCUUUACAGAGACAGAUAUUAUUAUUAUAAAUGCAGAGGGUGAUGAUCUUAAGAAAAUGGAAGAAAAUAUGCCAAUUCGCAAGGUUGCUCAGAAAAAAUCAAAGAAACAUAAACAUAGCGAAGAUAUACAAACACAAGAUGUUAAAGAAGAUGUUAAACAAGAUGAGGCACCAAAGAAGAAAAUUAAAAAGGAGGAAAAAACUGCUACUUUCAAAAGUAAUAGUAAUAGAAGCGAAGCCGAAGAUCCAGCAUACAAGAAAGUUAAAGAGAACUACAGCGUUGCUAAAGAUCCCAAAGCAUCCGAAGUCUUUAAAAGUAUUUUUACUACCCAUAAAUCUGCGGCGGAACAGGAUAGGGCACACUGGAUUACAUACAAUCCAUUUUACAACUGAAAUGUUAUUAAUUUCGAUGUAAAAAAUUUAAAAAACAUACAAUUAAUGUUUUACACUUUAACGGCAUUAUGUACAGAAAUAAUUAAAACAUACUGCAAAUAAUAAAAUUUGUUCAU